GGCUUUGCAGCUCAGACGAGGAAACGAGAGGCAACGAGAGUAGCAGAAGGAAGAGAAGCCCGAUUUCUCCUAUGUCAAAUGUCAGUUUACAGAGAAUAAACUGGAUUAUAUGAAUUUUUCCAUCUGAAUUCGUUGGAAGAUUUUUGUUUUAACGCACGGAUAUCGUAUUCAUUUUUAAUUGAUCAUCUGUACACACACGCUCGACCGACUCACAAGUAGCGUGCGUGGGUAACAUCUACCAUACGAUGGAUGGUAUUCUGUGUCACCGUUGAUCGGUGUGAUUAACUCGAAUCACCGGAGUUGAGUCACUGGAUUGUUUCACGGGGACGUUAUUUCUCGAAACGUAACGUUAGUAGGCUAAUCAACUAGUCAUCGCACUGAACGGGCUUUCCUGUCAUCAUUGUGAGACGUGAGACAUUGUGAGACUUUCGCCUAUUGUGGCAGACUUCAUAUUGGAAUAUUUUUUUAAACAAAAGUCUUAGUCUUGACAGUUAAUGUGAGGGUGGAACACUUCGACCUCUAUAUAAUAAUCAGAUGAUGAAGAUUCUGUCUCCCUGCGUCAAUGACGGCUAAAAUGGAAACUCCUUUCUACCAUGACGAGUCCCUAGGUGUUCCUCACAAUUUCGGACAACACCAUGCCGAUUACCAACGUUACCAGAGCCACAAGAUGAUGAGUAAGAAGGUGGCACAUAACUUCUCAGGCGGUUCCCACAGCAGCUCUGGCCUGAAACUGUCACAAAGCCAGCCGGGGAGUAACUGCAAUAUCAAUCCUAAUAAUCUGGGAGGGAUUAACAGCAACACAAACAGCUCGUUAAUGCCCGGCUGCUUGUCAGAUAUGAACCUUCUGAAGCUAGCCUCCCCUGACCUCGAGCACCUCAUCAUCCAGUCUAACCAGGGCCUAGUGACGACAUCUCCUGUCCCCAACCCUAACGGAGGUAACCCCUUCAUGUACCGGAACAACGCCACUAACGAACAGGAGGGUUUUGCCGAUGGGUUCGUCAAAGCCCUGGCGGAUCUUCAUAAACAGAACCAGCUGGUUGGAGCUCCCAUGUCCCCUUCCUCCUCUAUGCAAGGCCCCUACCAGAGGAACAUCAUGUCUGCAGGAGACCUGCCCAUCUAUACCAACCUCAGCAGCUACAACCCCAACCACCCCAGCCAUAUAUCAUCAUCCUACCCAGGGGGCCAGAUGCCCGGCGGCUACCCAUGCCACGGCCCCCACGGACCCGGAGGCCAGGGACCCCACCAUCCUCACAACAGGGGGUUGGACGCCCCUCAGACUGUCCCAGAGAUACGUCACCCUCCCGGGGACCCCACCUCCUCCCCUCCCUCGCUCUCUCCCAUCGACCUGGAGACCCAGGAGAGGAUCAAGGCCGAGAGGAAGAAACUACGUAACCGGAUCGCGGCGUCUAAGUGUCGUAAAAGGAAGCUGGAGCGGAUCUCCAGGCUAGAGGAGAAGGUGAAGGUUCUGAAGACCCAGAACUGUGACCUGACCUCCACCGCCUCGGUCCUGAGGGAACAGGUGGCUCAGCUCAAACAGAAAGUCAUGAAUCACGUCACCAACGGCUGCCAAAUUGCAGUCAGCUCAGCAGCCCUACAGUCCAAGAGCACCGGGGAGAGGGAGAGCACCAGCUGCUGACCAACGGACUGUACUGUACAGGGAUGAGGAGGGUGCUUUUCUGUUGCUCUGAGUCAGUCCUCUCUAAAGGAAUUAGUACCUCUACAAGGUGAAUGAUGGGUGUUGUGGGUAAAUAAAGUACUACGUGAGAUGUUGGGGAGAAGGGAGAAUCCCACCUCUCUAUGCUAACUGCUAACUACGUGAGAUGUUGGGGAGAAGGGAGAAUCCCACCUCUCUAUGCUAACUGCGUGAGCGGUUGAGGAGAAGGGAGAAUCCCACCUCUCUAUGCUAACUGCUAACUACGUGAGCGGUUGGGGAGAAGGGAGAAUCCCACCUCUCUAUGCUAACUGCUAACUACGUGAGCGGUUGGGGAGAAGGGAGAAUCCCACCUCUCAAUGCUAACUACGUGAGCGGUUGGGGAGAAGGGAGAAUCCCACCUCUCUAUGCUAACUGCUAACUACGUGAGCGGUUGGGGAGAAGGGAGAAUCCCACCUCUCUAAGCUAACUGCUAACUACGUGAGUGGUUGGGGAGAAGGGAGAAUCCCACCUCUCUAUGCUAACUGCUAACUACGUGAGUGGUUGGGGAGAAGGGAGAAUCCCACCUCUCUAUGCUAACUGCUAACUACGUGAGCGGUUGGGGAGAAGGGAGAAUCCCACCUCUCUAUGCUAACUGCUAACUACGUGAGUGGUUGGGGAGAAGGGAGAAUCCCACCUCUCUAUGCUAACUGCUAACUAUGUGAGCGGUUGGGGAGAAGGGAGAAUCCCACCUAUCUAAUCUCUACAGACACUUUGAGUUGUCGUAGUAACACAACAAGAAAAGGACAUGGGACACCUCUACUUUCCUACUUUAGUUUUGUCCUCCCGCAGCCCCGACAGUGACCAAAGUAUAUCUGUGCUCAAUAGGAGCACAUUAAACCACACACACACACACACAGACUGAAGACUGUGCUCUACAACACUGACCCUUGUACAUAACCAGGCAACCAUUGGAGCGUGAGGAGCGGAGGACAUUGUGCCUCUAGUAUACAGUUCAGUAGGUUCCUGGGUGUUUUGUGGUAAACAGGAAGUCUAAUAACUGAGAAGGUGUGAAACAUACAGCGUUUCCCUGUAGGGUAGACGUACAUGUCACCUCAGAACAGGAAUUCCUACAUUCUAAAAGGUCACCUCUCUCUCUCUCUCUCUCUCUCUCUCUCGUAUGAUUUCAGAACAAUUCCAAAAGGUGUUCUAUUGUAUUUCUUACUGUCAUUACCGUAGUAUUUUUGCCAGCUAAACAUUUGAGUCGAAUCAGAAGUAAAAGUUUUACUGAGUUUGACUUUUAAAAAAACAAUUUCAAAAUGACAAAUGACGGUACUAGGAGCACAUUGUGUGUUACUCCAAGGCCCUGCAUAUUAGUCACUGUAAACGCUGAAGUAAAGAGAAAAUAGGAGAAAAAAAUAAGCAAUUGGUCAGAGUAUCAUCAUGUUGAUCAAAUCUAUUGGAUGUGAUGUGUUGUAGAUGAUUUAUUUUGUUUAAGAAUUACAGGAUUUAGCUGUAAAACUGCCACAUUUUAUUUCCGCCUCAUGGCAAAAUGUGUAUGAUAGCAUGAGAUCAGCUAUAAAAUCGCAAAUGUUUCUAA